AUGACAACUUUGGCGACGGAGACGACUUCGACGGUGACGGAGGCAACGGUGGAGCUUUCAAAUUCAGAUUUAGCAGACCGAUCGGCGUCAACGGUUGCAUCGGCUACGUCAUCGUCGUCCGUGGCGGCAAUGGAGGUGGAUGUAGUUUCCGUUUCGGCGCAGAUGUCCGAAUCGGACGAGAUCGUGAACAUUUCCCGGGCGAUCCGUAACGCUCUGGAAUGCCCAAUAUGCCUGACGCUGAUGUCGAUAAUGUCGUGCUAUUGCCCCAACGGUCACGCAGUGUGCGAAUCGUGCAUGCUAACACUAGUAAAUAUGAACAACACCCAAGAAAAACCCUGCCCACUGUGCCGAACGCCGAUGAUGCAAUCGUUGAGCUCGUCGGCUGCGGUCGACAAACUGACCGAAUUGGCUCGUCUAGUGAAGGUGAAGUGUACCUACGCACCCUACGGGUGCACUGAGCUGAUUUACGUGCGAUACGUUAACGAACACGAGUCCAGAUGUCCGCACGUGCCGAACGUUGCGUGCCAGGUGAAUGCGUGCCAGUGGCUUGGUAUGUACGAACAGCUGUACGAGCACGUGUCCAACUCGCACCCUGGCGUCGCCAUCCAGACUUCGGCAAACCGGCUGAACGUGACCAACGUGAACGAUAUCACAACGAAUCGGAGACGGACAUACUUAGUCCGAUCAACAUAUGGCAUGAUGUGGGUGCUGUUGUCCCGAAUCUCUCGAUCGCGCAUCCAGACAGCAUUAUUUUUGGUGAAAAAUCAACCGCUAGAAUCCGAUAAUAAUCACGUCAACUUGUUGCCAACGAACAUCGUGUACAGAGUCACGUGGUUCGACGCGAAUGAUCGAUCCCGGACUAGGAGCAGGACAAAAGGGGUCAACUGGAGCACGUCCUUAAAGCCGGACAGUCAGAACUUGUCGCCCAACGCAUACACGACGUCCCGAUCUAGGUUUGGUCGUAUGGAGAUAAAUUGGUAUAGGAUUCUGUGCCGUUGGGUCCCAAAACAGCUCACAGAUGUCCACAUAACCCAACGUGUCAAUUCAGGAAAAAUAUUUCUCGAACAUUUAGAAAUGGAAGGUGAAGAAUUUUUACUACAAAUUGUGACUAGAGAAGAGACAUGGUUCCAGUAUGUAUCAUAUCCUAAAUUGCCAUUGUUUUCAUGCAAAUUUUUAGAAAGUGAAAGGGAAUCCAUCCAAGUUGACGCGGUUCAGCGUAAUAUCCGUUUGAAUUCAAACGGCUUUUACGCGGAAAACCGGAAAAUCACUUCUCUAUCCAACCACCAGCCGACGACAGAUGACACCGACGCACAAUAA